CAUUUGAAUGAAGGGGGAUGUGUAUGGACCUGAAGAACGUUGGAGAGUAAUGAUGCAUACAGUCAAGCUGCUCUUUGUGGUGUUUUCAUGCCUCUGCGCCGUCGCCUGGGCAUCGUCCAAUCGCCAGCCAUGUCAUACAGCCCCAUUGACCAGUGGAACAAUGAAAGUGGUUUCAACAGGGGGUCACGAUCUUGCAUCUGGAGAAUUCAAUUAUGACUCUAAAGCAAAUAAAUUCCGUUUUGUGGAGGACACAACUCACGCAAACAAAACGUCUUAUUUGGAUGUGCUCAUACACUUUGAUGAGGGUGUGCUUUAUGAGCUAGACAGUAAAAAUGAGAGUUGCAAGAAGGAGACUCUGCAGUUCCGUAAGCAUCUCAUGGAGAUUCCACCUGACGCCACUCAUGAAUCAGAGAUUUACCUGGGCAGCCCCUCCAUCACAGAGCAGGGACUCAGAGUGCGGGUGUGGACUGGAAACUUCAAUGAACUUCAUGCUCACUACUCCCUGUCAACCACUUCUUGUGGCUGUUUGACAGUUUCUGGCUCCUACUAUGGUGAGAAGAAGGACCUUCACUUCAGUUUCUUUGGUGUUGAAACAAAAGUUGACGACGCACAAGUCUUUGUGCUCCCGGCCUACUGUAAUGGCAUAUCCUUUGAGGAGGCACCAGACGACCACAGCUUCUUUGACCUGUUCCAUGACUGACAGACAGCAGACAAUACUCCAACUGCCAAAGAUGGCUACUCACAAUAAUAAAAAGAGCAUUUAAAUAAAAAUA